GUGUGGUUACAAUGAUUCAUUAAAACAAAUCAUCUAUUACUAUAUCGAAUUAAACCAAAAUUACUUAAAAUGUCUGGUGAAACGAUAGUCGAGUUGAACGUCGGUGGUGUGCACUAUAGUGCUUCCUUAUCCACUUUGACCAGUUGUGAAGGAUCCAGAUUGCACGAAGACUUCUCCUCUGGGGGUAGCAACCUUCCAAGUGAUGCGAAAGGCAGAAAGUUUUUAGACCGAGAUGGUGUGCUUUUUCGGUACGUGCUCGACUUUUUAAGAGAUGGCACAUUAAACCUACCCGAAGGAUUUAGAGAAAAAGCUCGUUUGCGGAAGGAGGCCACACAUUUUCGACUGGAUGGUCUGGUGCGGCUCUUGACGCCUGGCGGAUGCGACCCACAAGGAGGAUGCAUAACAGUCGGUUACCGUGGAAGCUUUGCAUUUGGCAGGGAUGGUUUGGCAGAUGUUAAAUUCCGUAAAUUAUCCCGAAUUCUUGUUUGUGGACGAGUUACCCUCUGUCGCGAUGUAUUUGGUGACACACUAAAUGAAUCUAGAGAUCCAGAUCAUGGACUUACGGACAGGUACACAUCACGUUUCUUCCUAAAGCAUUCUUUCUUAGAACAAGCCUUCGACAUGCUGCUCGAACAAGGCUUUAGAAUGGUUGGCAGCUGUGGUUCAGGAACAGCAGGCUCAGCCGCCGAACUUAAACCAGGAAUGGACGCAGAAGAAAAUCGCUGGAACCAUUAUAAUGAAUUCGUAUUUAUUCGCGAAUAAGUUUUAAAUUCGUCAGUGAUAUCAUGGGCUCUUUAUUAGUGAUAUCGUGAUUCAA